AGCUUCGAGCACGUGGUUGUAUUCGAAUAAUAUUCGUCGUCAAAACUUUAUAAGAGGUUCUCUCUGUUAAAUAGGUUGGUCGCGGUGCAUAAAUUCCUGUGUUUAGACCGUUCCAUUACCAGUUUAUCAUACAAUAAUUCAGAAAAAUGUCUUAUCCUAAAGAAGUUGGUGGUCUGAAGCUGGGCACUUUGCUCAUAGAAGGCAAGACAAAACAAGUGUUUGAUUUACCUGAGCAACCUGGUCAUUGUCUGCUGUUGAACAAGGACAGAAUCACCGCAGGAGAUGGCGUCAAAGCUCAUGACUUGGAGGGGAAAGCGGCCAUAUCUAACCAGACGAAUGCUAAAGUUUUUGAAAUACUCAAAGCAGCCAACAUAAAAACAGCAUUCGUCAAAAUAGCGUCACCAACUGCGUUUAUAUCAAAGAAAUGCGACAUGGUGCCGAUAGAGUGGGUGACGCGGCGGCUAGCGACUGGCUCCUUCCUCAAGAGGAACCCCGGUGUGCCCGAGGGCUACAGGUUCACUCCCGUCAAACUGGAGACAUUCUUCAAGGAUGACGCUAAUCACGACCCCCAGUGGUCAGAGGAACAACUACUGUCCGCAAAGUUGAAAGUUAACGAUGUUGUGAUUGGACAAGAUGAAGUCGACUACAUGAAGAAAGUCACAGUAUUGGUUUUCGAAAUACUAGAGAAGGCGUGGGCAUUGAGAGAUUGUGCUCUAAUUGAUAUGAAAAUCGAGUUUGGUGUUGACACUGAAGGCAACAUUCUGGUGGCUGACGUCAUCGACUCUGACUCCUGGAGGUUGUGGCCUUCGGGAGAUAAGCGUCUAAUGGUCGAUAAACAAGUAUACAGGGACUUGAAGAACGUAACCGCCGCUGACUUGGACACCGUAAAGCGUAACUUCGCUUGGGUCAAAGAUCAGCUCGACCACCUCAAGCCAACAAUACACCACAAAGUCGUCGUUUUCAUGGGCUCCCCACAAGACAGGGAACAUUGCAACAAAAUUGCUAAUGCGGCCAAAGAGCUCGGUCUGGAGGUGGAUUUGCGCAUCACGUCAGCGCACAAGGCGACGGAGGAGACGCUGCGCAUCAUGCAGCAGUACGAGGACACGCACGGGGCGCUCGUCUUCAUCGCGGUCGCCGGCCGCUCCAACGGCCUCGGGCCCGUGCUCUCUGGCAACACCAGCUAUCCUGUCAUCAACUGCCCGCCGCCAUCUGACAAACUUGUACAGGACAUCUGGUCAUCUCUGUCCGUGCCAUCUGGUCUCGGGUGUGCCACAGUGAUAUACCCCGACAGCGCUGCUAUCAUGGCUGCUCAGAUCAUCGGUCUCCAAGAUUACCUCGUCUGGGGCAGACUCCGGGCUAAGCAACUCGAAAUGAGCGCAUCUCUUAGAAAAGCUGACAAACAAAUCAGAAAUAUGUGAUUUAUGAAAUAUUACAACUAUUGAAAAAUUCAAUGUUGUAGAAUACUCGAA